AUUUCUUUCAGCUAGUCUCUCUAAUCUCACUAAGUCUACACUUGUCGAUCUCAGUCUCGCCCUUGCUUGCUUCUCGAUCUUGUUAUAUUUUCUGUUCAAGUACUGCUGCUACGUGAUUCCCAUAUUUGAACACUGACCCCAAACUCAGAAUCUAGGACUCCAGUCACCCGAGAAACGGAAGGUUCGCGACUCUCGAAGUACGUGAGAGAAAGCAUCGGAAUCCAGGAUAGUAGGUUCAAUUGGAAAUGAGCAGAGAGAGCUCUUCACCUCCUCGGUGGAAAUAUGAUGUCUUUUUGAGUUUUAGAGGCGAGGAUACUCGAAAGGCUUUUACAGACCAUUUAUACACUGCAUUGGAUCAUCAAGGAAUCAUAACUUUUAGGGAUGAUCCUGAACUUCACAAAGGGGAAGCUAUUUCUCCAGCACUUUUUGCUGCAAUUGAAGAAUCAAGAUUUGCUCUUAUUGUUCUCUCACAAAAUUAUGCAUCGUCAACAUGGUGCUUGGAUGAACUCGUAAGAAUUGUUAAAUGUAUGAAAGCAAGAGAAACGGUGCUGCCGAUUUUCUAUGAUGUUGAUCCCUCUGAUGUACGAAAGCAAACAGGAAGCUUUAGAGAAGCCUUCGCUACUCAUGAAGAAAGGUUUAGGGAUGACAAAGAGAAAAUACGAAGGUGGAGAUAUGCUUUAACUGAAGUGGCAAGUUUCUCUGGGUGGAAUUCAAAGGAAUGGUAUGAAUCAAAGCUCAUUAGAGAUAUUGUUGAAGUUAUAUGGAAAAAACUACAACCUACAUCAUUCAUUUAUGCAGAAAAUCUAGUUGGAAUUUACUCAAGAUUGCAGCCAGUCAAUUUGCUUUUAGGUGCAGGGGUGGAUGACGUCCGCUUCAUUGGGCUAUGGGGAAUGGGCGGGAUUGGUAAGACAACUAUGGUAAGAGUGGUGUAUGAGAGAAUCUCUCGUGAAUUUGAAUUUAGUUUCCUUCUUACCGAUGUUAGAGACUCCGUUGAAAAAAAAGGUCUACUUAAUCUACAAAAGCAACUUCUCUCUGGGAUUUGGACAAAAAAGGCUGACAUAUCAGACCUUCAUGAAGGAGCCACCAUAAUAAGGAGGUUGUUAGGUCACAAAAAAGUUCUUCUCAUUCUUGAUGAUGUGACCCAUUCAAGCCAUUUGAAAUAUUUGGCAGGAAACCAAAAGUGGUUUGGUUCAGGGAGUAGAGUUCUCAUCACAACUAGAAAUGAGCAUUUAUUGAUCAAACAUGGAGUGGAGAGAAGAUUGAAGGUUGAGGAAUUUGAUGGUGAGGAUUCUCUCCAGCUUUUCAGUUGGAAAGCAUUCAAAAAAGGUUACCCUGAAGAAGAUUUUGUUGAUUUGUCUAAAUCUGUCAUAAAUUAUGCCAAAGGUCUCCCUUUAGCUCUUGAAGUAUUGGGCUCUUUUUUGCAUGGAAGAGAUCUAAGUGAAUGGAACAGUGCAUUGAGAAAACUAGGAAGAGUUUAUAACCUUGAAAUAUUUGACAUACUUAAAACUAGUUAUGAUGAUCUAGAUGAUGAAGAGAAGAAAAUAUUCCUAGACAUUUCAUGCUUCUUUUGUGGAGAGAACCAAGAUCGAGUAACAAAAAUACUGAUAAGUUGCGAUGUAUCUGCGAUUAUUGGAAUAAAAGUUCUUAUUGAAAGAUCUCUCUUGACUGUUUUGCAUGGAAGACUAUGGAUGCACGAUUUGCUCCAACAAAUGGGUCGAGAAAUUGUCCGCCGGGAAUCUACUAAUGAGCCAGGCAGGCGCAGUAGGUUAUGGCAACCUGAAGACAUCAAACAUGUCCUGACCAACAAUACUGGAACAGAAGCUAUAGAAGGCAUUAUUCUGGACUCAACUGAGCUUGGAGUAACGGUGAGGGUGAAUGCUAAAUCCUUUUUGAUGAUGAACAGAUUGAGAUACCUGGUCAUUAAGAAUGGGAACUUACCAAAUGGGCUUGAAUGUCUUCCUAAUAGUUUGCGGAUUCUUAACUGGACCGGGUAUCCCUUGAAAUCUCUUCCAUCACAUUUCAACCCUGAGAAGCUACUAGAACUUGAAAUGUUCUGUAGUUGCAUUGAACAUUUUCCUUUGGAAAUAGAGCCUUUAUACAAUUUGAAAACUAUUAAACUCAGUGGCUCUUUGAAUCUUAUCAACACCCCAAACUUUAAUGGCAUGCCACAUCUUGAGGUUCUGUUUCUAGAAGGUUGUACAAGAUUAUAUGAGGUUGACCCAGGAGUUGAAGGGCUUGAAAAACUUACGAUGCUGAGUUUAAAAGAUUGCAAGAAUCUCGUGCAUUUUGCAAGCAGUGUACGCGGCUUAAAAUCUCUCGAAGUUGUUAAUCUUUCUGGUUGCUCAAAGCUCAGAAAACUACCGAAUGACAUUGGUCAUUUAGAAAGUUUGGUCGAGGUUGAUGUGAGUGGAACUUCUAUACGAGAACUACCUUGCUCAAUUGGCAUGCUUGAACGACUUGUUUCUAUGUCCUUGAGAGAUUGUAAACAUCUUGUGUGUCUUCCAAGUAGUGUACGAGGCUUAAAAUCUCUCAAAGAUCUCAAUCUUUCUGGUUGCUCAAAGCUUGACAGAUUGCCAGAUGAGUUGGGCCAUAUAGCUUGUUUGGAAGAGGUUGAUGCGAGUGGGACUUCUAUACGAGAGCUACCUUGCUCUAUUGGCAUGCUUGAAUUACUUGUUUCUAUGUCCUUGAGAGAUUGCAAAAAUCUUGUGUGUCUUCCAAGCAGUGUAGGUGGCUUAAAAUCUCUCAAAGAUCUCAAUCUUUCUGGUUGCUCAAAGCUUGAUAAAUUGUCAGAUGAGUUGGGUCUUGUUGCUUGUUUGGAGAAGCUUGAUGUGAGUGGAAGUGGCAUAAGAGAAGUGCCAUCCUCUAUUGGUCUUUUGAAAAACCUCAAAAAAUUAUUUCUUGGAGGAUGUAAAGGACAGUCACAUAAAUCAUGGAAUAUGAUGUUCAACCCUUUUCAGUUAUUGCGAAAAAGAAGUCACAUUCCGGCAAGAUUGGUGUUGCCCAGUUUGUCUGGUUUGCAUUCAUUAACCAAACUGGAUCUAAGUGACUGCAAUCUUUCUGAAAUCCCCAAUGAUUUGGGCUGCUUAUCCUUGUUAAGAGAGUUAGAUUUGAGCAAAAAUCAAUUUGUUAGACUACCUGAGAGCAUCAGGCAACUCUUUAGACUUGAAUGUCUUCACUUGGAUUCGUGCUGCAAGCUUCAGUCUUUGCCAGAGCUUCCAACUUGUUCAUGUGUAAACAUCAACAACUGCAUUUCAUUAGACACAUUGACCAAUCAAAUAGAGAAAUUGAUGAGUGUUAACUGUUUCAAAAUGGUGGACAAUGAAAGCUGUAAAAGUUCGGCACUUUCAUUGCUAAUACGCUACCUUAAGUUUCAACAUUGGGGUUCUUCAGCACAUUCUAAACCUCAUUUUAGCUUUACUGCUCCUGGAAAUGAAAUACCAGAGUGGUACAAUCACCAAAGUGUGGGGUCUUCGAUAACUGUAGAGCUACAUCCAGGUUGGUUUAGUAACAAGUGGAAGGGAUUUGCCUGGUGUGUUGUUUUUAGACUCCUCAAACCACUCCCGCCUUUGGCUGAGUUUGGCUUGCGUUGCUUAUUGACGGCCAAUGGAGAAUCCUUAGGUCGCUGUUAUAUAGGGUUUGGGGGAAAGUGGGGUAUACCUGUGUUGGAUCACAUUUGGUUCUUUUGUGGACACCGUGAUAAAUAUUCCUUUAAACCUGGGUGGCAGGAUGUCUACUAUCAGCUUCAGCUUGAAUUCUCAUUUAUAUCUCAUUUCCACAUGGAGGGAGGAAUGGAUGAGGAAAUUGGGCAAGUGAAGAAGUGUGGGGUCCGUACGGUAUAUGAGGAAGAUGCAGCAUCGAGUUGUACUGAAAUUGGUGCAGGUCAGGAAGAGGAAGAAGAACCUCAUCCAAAAAGAUUUAAAGGACUUGAGCUUGACGAGGCAGGACCUAGUGACCAGAAAAGUGGUUAAUGAUUUUUUUUUUUUUUUUUUUUUUUU